AACAAUGUUAUUCAGAAAACAAUUGCAAACUGUUGGAUAAAGACAGGAGCUUGGUGGUUUGAUAACCAAUUUGCCAGAAAAAAUGAAAUUAAUGAUCUUAUGGAUGCAAAUGAAUUUAUAAACGUUGAUGCUGAAAUCAUUUUCGAGAUGCCAUCUGAUGCUAAUAUAAUCUGUGCUGUUGAAAAUAAGAAUAAACCCUUUCAGGAAGAAAUAAUAGAACCAGUGCCCAAAAUUGCUGAUAAUGAUGCUCUAAAAGCUAUCAAUUUGAUUGAAACAUAUCUUUUGCAACAAUCGGAUGAGUUCAAUGCUACUGAUAAUGAUAAAAAUACCAUCCAUCAGUUAAGCAAAGAGAUUUCAAGAUUAUCUGCUUUGCGAAAAAAACAA